UGCAAUAUCUCCGUUAAAACAUCCUCAAGAGCAUUAAUUGUCUCCAGUCUGACAUCACGCUUGUCACUUCAUCUCGGUUUUAUUCAGGUGAAACGGGAUUGGGAUAGACCAGAGCAGACCACACAGAAGAGAAGCUGAUGGAGGGCUGCAUCCAGAAAGCCUCUGCUAUUGCUCCCCGGCUCUAAUAUGGUCCAAGCCCCCUCUUUUUCUUCUCCUCCUCCAAUGGCGAUGCUGCUCAGUGCCAGAUCACGACACGGGUGUUCAACCCAUGCCGCUUCUGCCGCAAAGGGUUUCAGCUUCAGGGGAGGGUUGGGUAUAAUCGGUAUGCACAAGGCGGGAAUGUCGGAAUCGGCUGCCAAGACAGCCAAUUUAUCUGCUUCUAGGAAGCAAGUCCUUCAGUUGCCGAAUCACGAGCAAUAUCCCAUCAGUCAAUUCCUGCGUCAUCCGUCCGGCGUUCAAGCUAUACUGAACACAAGAGCUCUUCGGAGUUUUCAGUUCCUCGAUGCCGACACCUACAGGUGUACUCUUCCUAAAAUCCAACUUCUGAACUUCGAAGCUACUCCAGUAAUGGACUUGAGAAUGACCUUGACCGAUACAGAUUGUAAAGUUGAGAUGCUCUCUUGCAAGUUCGAGGGUUCAAAGGUCGUGGAACGCCAAAACAACCAUUUUUCAGCAUUCAUGACAAAUCACAUGAGAUGGGACACAAAUGAUACUGGGAAUACAGUGGAGGUUGAUGUGAAGCUGGGUGUUACUCUUGAGGUCUUUAGUACUCCUCAAUGUCAUCUUAGUGAUUUAAACAUUUUGUCAGCAACUUUAACUUUGAGAGAGCAUACUUGGCAUCACUGAUGUUCUAAAACAACUGCCUAUGUAUCUUCUUGGAGAGAUGUUUAAUUUAACUCACAGUAGUUGGCAUGGACAUAUUGUUAAUGGGGGUGUUGUAUCUCAGAGCUUGUAAAAUAUCUUAGUUUCUGACAAAUGCCUCUUACUUGAUUUAAUGAACUCUCCAUGAUGUAGCUGCAGUGAGAGAAUUUUCAAGAGGAUGUUAUGUUAUAAUGUCUCUUAGGUGUAAGUACGCAAGUAAUUAAUCUAUCACUGUGAUCUGGACAUCAAUAUCACUUGAGGUUGAAGAGUAGAACAUUAGGAAAUGUUUUACUGUUGCCUUCUUGAAAGUCAACGCUGGAAUGAAAAGUAUGAAAGUCUUGGGAACUUCAAAUUAAGGCCUCUCUAAGUUGCAGUCAUGGCUGUCAUAUUCCUCAAGGCCAAACUUGGUCUGGCAUAGAGGUGAUACAGUUGAGUCCCAAUUCCUAAGAACCCAUGGCCAAUAUCAUCAGUUUUUCUGCAAAGUUUUCCAGCUGUUGAAAUUUUACAAUUGCAAGGCAUUUUCGUAGGUGCAUUCAAGUCUACA